CUAUAUAAAUGGCCGAAAAGGGUAAUAACAGAGACCAGAACUCAACGUUGCUCCAUGGCAAGUACGAGCUGGGCCGACUAUUGGGCCACGGCACUUUCGCCAAGGUCUACCACGCAAAGAACUUGCAGAGUGGGAAAAGCGUGGCCAUGAAAGUGGUGGGUAAGGAAAAAGUUAUCAAAGUCGGUAUGAUGGAACAAAUCAAAAGGGAGAUUUCGGUGAUGAAAAUGGUGAAGCAUCCCCACAUCGUGGACCUCCACGAGGUCAUGGCCAGCAAAUCCAAGAUCUACUUCGCUAUGGAACUCGUCCGUGGCGGCGAGCUCUUCUCCAAGAUAGCCAGAGGUCGGUUGAGGGAGGACGUCGCCCGAGUCUAUUUCCAGCAGCUGAUUUCCGCCAUCGAUUUCUGCCAUAGCCGAGGAGUAUACCACCGCGAUCUCAAACCCGAAAAUCUCCUCCUCGACGACGAUGGCAAUCUCAAAGUCACCGAUUUCGGGCUCAGUGCCUUCGCCGAGCAUCUGAAACCGGACGGCUUGUUGCAUACCACUUGCGGUACUCCUGCGUAUGUCGCCCCCGAAGUGAUUGGGAAAAAGGGCUACGACGGCUCCAAGGCCGAUCUUUGGUCUUGUGGGGUUAUCCUCUAUGUUCUUCUCGCUGGGUUUCUUCCAUUUCAGGACGAUAAUUUGGUAGCCAUGUACAGGAAGAUUUACAGGGGUGAUUUCAAAUGCCCACCAUGGUUUUCCCCUGAAGCUCGAAGGCUCGUUACCAAGCUUCUCGAUCCAAAUCCCAGCUCGAGAAUUACCAUUUCCAAGGUCAUGGACUCGUCCUGGUUUAAGAAAUCGGUGCCGAAAACUGUGAGAACAAAGGAAGACCAAGAAUACGAAGAGAACUGCGAGAAAGCGGCUAAGCAACCCGAGACGCUGAAUGCCUUCCACAUAAUAUCGUUGUCUGAGGGGUUCGAUUUGUCGCCGCUGUUCGAGGAGAAGAAGAGGGAGGAGAAAGAGGAGCUGAGGUUCGCGACGACGAGGCCGGCGAGCAGCGUGAUAUCGAGACUGGAGGAGGUUGCCAAGGCGAUGAAGUUCAGCGUGAAGAAGAGCGAGUCCACAGUGAGGCUGCAGGGACAGGAGUGUGGGAGAAAAGGGAAGCUUGCUAUAGCUGCUGAGAUAUUUGCCGUGACGCCGUCGGUUUUGGUUGUGGAGGUGAAGAAGGACAAUGGUGAUACGUUGGAGUACAAUCAAUUCUGCAGCAAGGAACUCCGGCCGGCGCUUAAAGACAUUGUUUGGACAUCUCCGGCCGAGAUUAAUUCAACUCCUGCUUAA